GUGGUCCCGGGGAUCGAACCCACUACCUUGACGUUACAAGCGCCGUGCUCUACCAGCUGAGCUACAGAGGACUAACUCCUUGAUUCUCUCCAAAGUGGACUACAAUGUCAUCUGAAACAGUAUGGGACUUUUUUUUUUUAUAUUGGGAUGAGAAGAGUAGAAACAGUAUGGGACUUUUAAAAAUCCUUCUGGUGGAGGCAUAUGGAUGUUCCCAUUUCUCUUACGCAAUGUUGAUUGCUAGUCUCCAAGACAACAUAAUAAUGAUAAUGUGCAACAAUGUUUCAUAAUGAGUUGACAUAAUGUCUUUAAUUCACUGAGUGUACUCAUGUAUUAUAGCUAAAUUAGAUUUCAAAAGAGAUAUUUUGAUACAACCACAGAUAGCUAAUGACUAUUUUCAUCCCAUUGGAGCACCAUUUAAAUGCAUUGCCAAUGGCUACUUGACAUGAGAAUUACAGCAUUUCAAGAUACAAAAAAAUUAUCAAAAUCAUGAUGUAGUAUGCUGUUACGACUAAAUGAUUACAAAUACCUGUAUAAUUGCUAUAGUUUCAUAUACUAAGUGUUUUUAAAACAAACUUUGUUAAUGUUGCAAUAUAACUACAGUAUAUAGGCUACAAAUUGUUGCAUAGUCAUACUUGCAAAAGUGAAAUUAGAUUUUUUCUAAACAUGUGAUUUGCAAACAAAUUGAAAUGAUGUGUCUGAACAACAUAAGUACAAUAAAUGUUUGAAUAGAUUGAGUUUGCUAUGCUACAUACUUCUCCCUGGUUGAUUAAUGAUAAAACGUCAUUAACUUCUCUUUUUUUUCAGUCAGAAAAUAUAUCAACAUACAUGUAUGUGGAAAACACAAAAACUAAACAUUGGCAUAAUCAUACUACCAUAUUUAGUACAUUGACAUCUUAUUAAGUUGGUGUAUAAAAUGGUGUAUUUAAUAUGAGAAUGAAGUGCUGUAGUUACAAUUAUUGUAUGCCUCCUAGCACUAUUUCAAGGAUCUAAAAACGCAAACUAAGCUACAUUGUAAUCUUUGAUGUUUCAGAGCCUGAUGUCAACGUGCUAAAUAUGUUAGUUUAUGCCAAUGCCUGUUUUUUGGUAUUUUCCCACAUAUGUUCAUAUAUUUUUUGACUGAAAGAAAAGUUCAUGAUUUUUAUAUAAUUAAUCAACCAAGGGACGAGAAUGUAGCCCACCAUGCUUAAAAUUAGUAGCAAACUUUAUCUGUGAAAAUAUGUAUUGUAUCUUACUUAUGUUGUUGUAUGGAUUUAUAGGAAUACAACAAAUAAAAUAAAAUAACCUGAUCACUGAGGAUCGGAGAGGAGAGCAUGCCACAGUGGCAGACUCAUUGUGUGCGUGUGUUGGUGUCUUAAAGUUGGGGGUCCAAUUUGUAUCCGACUACUAAGGACCUUGCCACAGAGGCGAGGAAAUAUGCUCUGUAUGGAGGCGACUUCCCCCGGCGGCGUCCCGUGAGGACCGGACAGCUUCCAUUGUUAUCUGACUGAAUCAGGGCACAUCUUCAAAGCGCACGAGAUAAAGGGUCGUAAUUGGGAGGCUGAGAAGGCCUUCACAGCAAUAGUCAGAUCAUCGAUAAAGGAGACAUUCAAUAUAUCCUUAUCUGCAUUGUCAUACCUAAGCGAUCAUUUUAGGGUUAUUGUCCCGUAGCUGCUGGGGGUAUUCCAUCUGAAGAGACUGAAACGUGAAGGGCUUCGCAUACAGAGAGAAGGAACACCUGGCAACAUUGGCCUGGUUGGAUCAUUUGGGGUUGACCAAAUUUCUUCAACGUCCCAUUUCUAGAUUUUUUGGACAUUCUUUUUGGAGAACAUCUCGCUUGAAUGUAAUUUUGUUUAGGCCUAUUUGAGGAUACUAUACGCAGUUGUAAGCUAUGCAAAACCACAUGUUGCCAUUGUAGGCGUUUUUCAGACUUCUUUACAGCUUGCUCUCCACUAUUUACAUUUCAACUGGUGGACAAUCAAACCUAAUUGUGUUGCUACUGUAAUACCUUUGAUCUGUAAUGUUUAAACCGACUGCGCCAACUGCUGUCUGUUGGGCCAGUGGCGCCAGUGCUCACCAGGGUAUCGAAGAGGUGUUAAUACUAAACCAUUAGAGCAGUAUUUUACUUGCCUUUGCUUUACAUUUGAUUUUAGUGUCGGGGAAGGGGCUGAGAUUUAGAAAGCAAUGAUGUAAAUGAUCAGACUGCAGGCUGAGAAAUGUUGGUGGUAAUAUUGCAUAUGGUGUAAAGUCAUUAAACAAAUUAUAUCAGUGGUCAACUAUAAAGUAUUAUAAAAUAGCAUUCCAUUCCAAUAAAAUCAUAGAGUGAUUGCCUGAAAUGUAAGCGUAUGAUCCUGGGCCGGCUGAAAACGUGUGGCGAACACGCAUUUUCCCCAACACUUUUCAAUCAGGUGGGAGCAGACACCCGCCUCUUUUGGUUUAGUUGAAUAAAAAAUAUUGAUGCAAAAGCAUUGAAAGGAAGGGCAAAGUGCUGUUUUUUAGACCGAUUUGCCUCACGAUUUGUCAACUCGUCCACACAUCCUCUGUCCAAAUUUGGAUUAUGUUCAAACUUGUACCUAGACUUGUUCAAUCAAAAAUGAUUAACUGGAGUUAAUCAAUAAUCACAAUAGACUGUGAGUUAUUAGGCCUACAGUUGCAUUGGGCAGGCCUACAUAAUGCAAACAUACACAAAGCAGUUAUAUUGUCCAAUCAUGUUUCUGUCACUGUGUCUGUUAGUCUAGCUUUAAAAUAUAAUUAAUAUGAACAUGUACAAGGUUGCUGCAGUUUGGCCCAGGAGUUUUGCCAAUAUAUAUAUAUUUUUUUAACCAUGUGACUUGAUUAGAAAAACUGGUCCCAUCAUAGCCCAUAUAUAUCAUUUUUUAUAACUGAUUAAUCACGUCAUACUGUAUAAUGUCUGGAGUUUUACCUGGUUAGGUUACCAGAUCAGGAUAAACUACAGGCCCCAGGAACGAAGAUCGCCCCAGCACUCUUGGACCUGUUGUGCCACUUUUCGGAUCAAGAUAGUUUGCUGACCAACACAGAGCUCCUAGAAGCAAACAUGGUCAAGAUCUUCUCUGUAGACUGGCUGGCACAGAGCCAUCACAACACCAACCCGAAAAAAGGACCUGUGGAUACUAUGCCAACCUACUUCAGACCUCAUGUUCCUUGCAUGGUCCAGCCUCGACCGCCAACAUCUUAUAACAAGAUAUAUCUCCAACCAAAACCAAAGACCACAAGGAUUGAACUCACGGAUUCCACUGAAGAACCAAAAAAUCUAGAAUCCAGGUUGAGCUCACCUCAGCAUCCGAUAACCUGCUCUUCCCCAAGUCUUUCAGAAAACAGCGGGUACACCUCGGGGUAUGACAGUGAGGCUGCCUCCUCGGAAUGUCCCUCGGUGGAAGAGGCGAGCGAGGGAGAGAGAGACGGAGGCCAACGACGUGUGCGUACUAGGUUUACACCGGAGCAGAUAGAAAAGCUGGAAAAGAUUUUCAACAAGCACAAAUAUCCAGAUGCUGGAGAAAGAGUCAAAACUGCACUGAAGUUGAACCUCUCUGAAACUCAGGUGAGAACUUGGUUUCAGAACAGGAGGAUGAAACUGAAAAGGGAGCUCCAAGACUUGCGCGCUGAGUACCUUGCUCCCGCUCAGUCUCAGAUGAUGUUCCAGCCCAUGCAACCAUUUCAGUACCACGGCUUCGGUGGACAGCACCUCUCAUACCCCGCUGCAAACUACGUGAUGUACCCGCCCAUGGUGCAACAGAUCCCCAUGAAACAGAUGGUUUCUCAUCAUCAGCACCCGAUGAUGUCCAACGCACAUUUAUACUAAGGACAAUAUGCUACACACUGAACAUUCCACUCUAACACUUAAAAAAUCAAGUGCAAUCUAGUUGUUGUUUUUUCUUGGAUGUGAAAAAUGUUUAUAUUUCGUAUAAAGAUGUACAGAGAUUAAAGUAUAUUUAUCAUUCAAUAAAGUAUAUCUUAUAUCACAACCUUACUUUUCUACUUGGUCAUUUUCAUAUGCAAUGUCAACAUUUCCAAGUUUGAUAGCAACAAUAGUUUGACAGUAUAGGCAGAUUAACUAAAUUCUGAUAAAUGUAGGAUGAUCGCAUUAUUUUGAUUACUGGAUUAGUGGUACCAUGAAUAGAUCAUAUUGAUCUAUCAUUCAAGAAUAGAGGCUCCAGGGUCAUGAUACGCAGUGUGGUUGGGGAUCAGUUGAUUGGCUCUUGGGCCAGAGUUGUCAUUCUGGCAGCUUCCCUGAUGUUUGUACUCGUAUGUUUUGUAUUUAUUAAGGAUCCCCAUUAACUCCGUCUUGUCAGGUAUAGCCUCCUAGUUGCCCAUCUGAGAUUUAAAUUAUUUAGGCAUGUCAAUUAUUAAAGAGUAUGACUUCAUUAUAGGCCUUUAUGACAUUAGAGUAGAUGGUGUUGAACAGAACUGUAGGCAAAAAAUCUGCCAAGGCAGCAGCUACUCUCCCUGAUGUUGACCCAUGCCUACUAGAUAACAGAUCUUAGGCCUACAAAACUAAUUAUAUAUUGGCCUUUGCAUAUAGCUUGAAUGAAUCAAUGAAAUACUGACAGAACAACUCAAUUUUAGGCUGUAUCAUCCACGUCACUUCCCUCUCUUCUUGUCCACCACAGCAGUGGCCCACAUACUGUGCUUUCAUAUGCGCGUCAACUAAUUCUGUUUGUCUCUAAUGCGGCACUUCAAAGGUUAGCUAACGGGGAGAUCAUGGUCAACAAUUAGUCCUAAUUCCGCCUGUCAUUGAUGAGUUUAAACUUACCACAUGAGCCCUAGGGACUGGCUCCAGAGAGUCUGGGGUUUUGUGUGCUAAAGAGCCCGAUCUCAGGUUUGAAGUUCAGCCUGAGGUAACACUGGGAUUACGUGAUACGAUUUCUGAGACCCUAUGUCUUGAAGUAGGUAAUAGAUAGGACACCUUUGUCUAUAUAAAUACAUGUGAAAACCAGUCAUUGAAGCGUGAUCAUUUAAAGGAGGUAGGCUAUAGAUCACAAAACCACCCAUACAGACAAAUACUGACAGAUACGAUAUAGGGGGCAAAUACUGUAGGCUAUAUUAUGCAAUUAAAUCAAAUCAAAGUGUGUUGGUCGCGUACACAGAUUUGCAGAUGUUAUCACAGGUGCAGCGAAAUGCUUGGGUUUCUAGUUCCAACAGUGCAGUAAUUAUGAAAAUGUACAGUGAUGUUGUUGUGCUGAAUGAAAUUUACGAACUGCAUUGAGACCUGCUAUGGAACAUGGUUGAUUGAGAAUCACGAUUCGGCAGGGGCCUAAAGCAAAUGCCUUUUCAAAUUCACAAGUAAACAGAGAUCAAAUGUGGUUCUCUCAUUUUCCGUUUAGGCAUGCUGACAGCAAUCACACCCACUUUGUCAGAAAGACAAUUGGUCCUCAUCAGCAAUCAGCUUCAUGUUGGCGAGCAGACAGCUGGGCGCUUCUGUCUACAUCUGGAACAAUGGUCUCACAAAUGAUAGUUACAGUAGCCUGGCCCCAUAGAAUAUCAGCGCAAUAAAGAAUUUAACGUAUAGAAAAAGGCCGUAUGCCAGCAUACAUUUUUGGGGUAAUAUUUGCAUUGCAGGGGCAUAUAGGGCCUAUACAUUUCCAUAUUAGAUUAAUGUAGGCUAUCAAUAAAUCAUGCCAAUGCUUUUGACAGAUAAAUACAAAUAUUGUAUUUACUUUUCCAAAUGAAAUAAUGUAAAAUAAUCAAAGCAGUGGCCUACAGUUUUGUUCAACCCCAU